AUGUCGGAAUCGCCCUCUAGUUCGCAAGCCACCUACGGCGCUCAGACCGGUCGCCCCUCGCUGUGGACUGAUUCCGCCGAGCGCAAGUUGGCCAGGCUUUACGUUUAUACGACCUUGCCUCUUGUCAAGAUCGUUGAAGUCGUCCACAAAGCGACGCCCGGUAACCGGGAUUGUCCAGGAAAGGACUCUGCCAACAAGAAGCUCAAUGCGAUCCUCGACAAAGAACCGCGAUGGCUUCACCCUCGAACUCGGACCGACAUGGAGCGGCGCAUCACCGCUCUUGAUAGUUCCCCUACGCGCCAGACCCCGCCCGAGGACGCCUUUUCACCCGAAUACACCUCCCCAGGCGCAAGAUCGCUUCUGAGCGUCAAUCCCGAAUUCAAGGAUGAAGGCGGCAACAGUCCAAACGUGCACGAGAUUCAGUCCUAUGACCACUCCCGUGCUUCGUCCGCCGGGUGGAACCCGGGCGCCACGGGCCCGCUCCCGACCCUAAUGACCCCCGAAUACGUUUCCGUCGCCCCGGCCGAACCUGCCGAACUCCACCGCUCCGGCACAAUGCAAUCUCUGGGAGACGUUCUAUCGGAUUACUCGUCUGGCUUCAUCCGUCAAGUCAACAAACUAUUGAAGCGAUACACGAUGCCGAGCAACAUGAUGCUUAAUCAGUCUCCGAUCGACGAGGACCGCCCGGGAACCUCGAGUUCAAACGAGUCAAACGCGGCUUCAUGGAUUUUCGAGUACGACGCCCCGCAAAGAGUCUCCGAGACCGAGGCCAGACCACUUCCCGGCGAUUUCUUGAGUCUUCAUCACCGUCUGGAACAACAAGGUGCCUGCAUGCCUGGGCUUCCGGAGCACAACAGAAGAUCCUGCUACUGUCAUGUCAGAGACGAGCUAUCGCACGAGUCUUGGGUAUUCGGACAGGGGCCAAGCCAAUUUGCCGAAUAUGUUUAUGCUUACGGCAAGCCUCCGGAUGAUAAUUUUGCACGCCGCGACGUUUUCGGCAACACAAUUCUUCACCUACUUGCAGCCGGCAACGCUCCUCACUCCCACCUUUACAGUGCCUUGACUCGGGAGUUGUCACCGAACCCAUCAGCCACCAACAGUGCCGGCCAGACCUUCUUGCAUGUGCUCAACGACUCUUGGUUUACGGGUCGAGCGGAGCUAUUAUCACAACUCAUCCGGUUCUUGAAACGACAACAGUUCGACCUUUACGCAUGCGAUGUGUAUGGCCGUAACUUUUGCCACAUCAUUCACUCAAAAGAUCCCAGGGUAGUGAGCCAGGAGACGAAAAACGCUCUUCUGGCGUUAUUUUCUCCCUUAGAAUACUGUCGCCGCGAUGCUUUCGGCAACAUCCCCGAGUCCGCGACUCCUGGUCUGAACGUUCGUCGAGCCUACACCAACGCCGUCGGAGAGGAAAUGUCUCCCACCUGGAACGCCCGGACUCAGCGACAACUCUCAUCCCCGAUCGAACAGCAAGCCAAUCUCCUCAGAACCAUCAACGAAGCCUACCGAAAGCCCCGCUUACAGGACUCCCAAGGCCGAAACGCCCUGCACUGCCUCGCCGACGCUAUUCUCAGUCAAGAGUCCCUCCUGGCCAAGUUCGGUGCUCCGUCCGACGAGCAACAGCAAACAUCUCCAGUCAGCCGCAAGCGCAAACACAACAAGCCUGUUCUCCAAAAGGCCCUCUCCGACUCGUCCAAAGAGCGCCUCACGGCCCGGGAGAAUGUUGUCAGGGACCUCAUUGAUCUCGGCGUUGACCCGAACCACUACGACAAGUACGGCAACACCGUAUUGAUGGCCUUUGUCGCGCAGCUCCCCGAAGACGAUGAUUACAAGAAGCCAGUGGCGAUACUCGAGUUUCUCAUCCAAGCCGGCGCAAACAUUAACGCACGAAACCGGUCCGGCGAGACAGCGCUGCACAUUGCUGUGCGCAGAGGAAAGAAGCUCGCUAUGCGCACGCUGACGCAACACGGCGCCAAUGUGCAGGCACGAGAUGUUGAGGGACGAAGUAUUCUCGACGUUGCCGACCGGAUGGUUGUAACGGGCAGGCGGGGCAUCGAUCACCCAAGAUAUGAGGCCUGCCAUGCUUGGCUCUCGGGCUAUGCCAAGGCGAUACAGAACCCCACAAUUCAACAGGAGUGGGAGUUCAGGGAAUCAUGA